AAAAAAAAAGAUAAUCAUAAUAAUGAAAAAAUGUUCCUCAGGAUUUUUCAAUUAAAAUACUUCCUCCAUAGUAUACGUACUCUUUUGUAUGGCAUUCGGGUUUAAGGUAGCAUUGAAUUGGCAAAUGGUGAGAAGAAAGUGGGGGUUUCAUUUAGCAUAAGCCCAAAUAUGGAAUCCCCAGCAAUUAGACUCUGCCAAGGAAUUGAAAAAGUGCUGAACCGAUUCACUGGGAGGCACACAUGGAGUCCUCCUCUUAUGCCUCCCGCAUAGUUGUUUACCAAAGUUAUUUAAAAUGAGGUUGCGCCUCUUUAUCUUAUGUGUGGUAGGCAUAGUUGACUGAGUAUAAUUAUUGGUUCUGUUGUUAUGUAUUUUUGUCAGCUUUACAGGUGUCCAAAAGUAGCAUAUGAACAAAAAUAUCAUUACGGCUGUCAAUGUUGCAGCCCAACAUCAUAUUAUUUAGCCAUUUUGAAGUCAUGUCGACCAAGUCACCCCUAAAUGAGUCAAGUGUCUUUUAAAUCUUCACCAGCCUUCAGGUAUUUUCAGAUACUAUAAAUCUGCACCCACCGUAUGCUGGUCUUUGCUCACCUUUCCCCUUGGGUGACUCAGCUGAGAUGACCUUUUACAGUGUGUAAGGUAUAUCCACGUGUAGUGCAGGGAUGUCAAACUCAUUUCUCUUGCGGGCCACGUUGUAGUUCGGGUUUGCUUCAAAGGGACAUUUCGAGUUAAGGCAGCGUGGGAUCGAUUCCCGCUCAGUGAUGGUGUCGACAUCUGCACUGCGACUGGCUGGCGACCAGUUCGGCAUGUAGUCUGCUGCUGCCCGAAGUUAGCUGGGAUUGGCUUCAGCUCUCUCUCCGAAUAAAUGCGGAAGUGUUGCGUCAGGAAAGGCAUCUGGCGUAAAAAAAACUGUCGGUUACUGUUGGUUACUGUCGCACCACCAUGACAGUGGCACAAAAAUGGCUUCACACAUCAAUGCUGAUAAAAUCCCAAUUUGUUUCUUGUCCUAUCAAAUUGAUGCAUGUGAAAUUUCCUAGUGACAUGCCAUUGGAAAACAAUGUUUUUUUAGUUUUUCAAAAGAAGUUAAUGGAUACACAGAAUCCCCCAAGUUUUUUUUUUUUUUGCAUUCAUUAUCAACAAAUAGCGUUGGUAUUAUCUCUGGAUCUGUGCAAACGCUACAAUCUUUUGGACACGUUUUUUGUAUGUAGUUAUCCAAUUUGUUUUGUUUUAUUUUAUUUAUUUUUUGGGGGUGGGACCUUGAGUGGUUCCCACAGGUACCACUCGAACAGAAAAAUGAAAAUAACGGGUAGCAUUUUCAUCCAAUACCCAAAAGCAAAAUUUUACUGUUUAGUCACCAUUAUGACAGCAGUCUCACUCCCAUGUGUAACCGGACUACAGCGACCUUGGCAGUGGGAAUGAGAACAGCUAUCUUACAAGUGGCCAAUAAAAAAAAUUUGUUUUAUUUGUGUUAACAAUGAUUUCAAAAGAAAUAACUUUCCUACAAUCAAAAAAUGAAUUCAAGUACACCUUUUUGCAAAUUUUUAAGAUGUUUGGGGUUCUUAAUAACUCCUGAAAGGGACCCACUUGUGUUUUUUUUUCCUUCAUCAUUCGUCUAUCUCUCAUUGUGUGGAAAUUAUUGGUAAUUUGUAUGGUCUCCCAAACAGUGUUUUGAAUGGAAUGAGACCCUUACGUGCUUAUAAUGUAUGUAUAGUUAGACGAAAUCUAUCAUUGUGUCCAAAUUGCCCCUACGUGUGAUUGUGAGUGCGACUGUUUGUCUCCAUGUGACCUGCAAUUGGCUGGCAACCAGGUCAGGGUGCACCUUGCCUCCUGCCUGUUGACAGCUGGGAUAGGCUCUAGCCCCCCGCGCGACCCUUGUGAGGAUAAGCGUCUAAGAAAAUGGAUGGAGGGAUGAAUGGAUGUGUAGCUUGAGGAAACUGACCACAUUUUGUAUACACAUUCCCUUGUGGAUUAUGUCGCACGCAGAUCAAACAAGCCCUACAAAAAAAGUUUUUUGCAUACAAGUUAAAUCCACGGAUCAUGUAAUGCCUUUGUACCAGGGCUACCAUUCCCCCUGUUGAGACCUGAGACUUCCCAUGGCUCAAGAUUGCCGCCCACUUAAAAAAUGUUUUUGGUAGAAUUUUUUUUGUAUCUGUGCUGACAUAAUUCCCAUUUUGUAAUGUAGUACCUUAUUUUUUCCACAUUUUUAGUUCUGCUGGUAAGGUUUGUUGUUGCAUUUUGUUUAACACAUCAUCUCAAAGUAUGUCUUCAUUUGUUACAUGGUCAGCUAAUACCAUAAAGGUUUUGCUGCUUCUUUUGCUGUUUUAUCUGUAAAUCCCUUUCCUAAUGAUUCUUUGUCUGUAUUUGAUGUGUGUACUGCACAUUUACAUAUGGCUAUUUCUUUUGGUAAUUGAACUGCUAUGAGCAAAUUUUGUAGUAGCUCUGCAUAUGUCACUUUGUUCCCUGUAGUUGUUGCUAUUCCUCUAUUUUUCCAGUAUUGUCUGUGUAGAUUGUGAUACCACUGUGAAUACAGCAGCAUCUGGUCGCAGAUUAACACUGUCCAAUAAGAUAUUGUCUGUACAGUUCAGUCGUCCCAAUCCAAAUCUGGCUCUUUUUCUGUCCAAUCAGGAACAUUUCGUACUACCAAAACAAAUUGUCCCAAACUCUUCCACUCCUGUUGUAAUGACGUGUGUGGUGACCAUUCCUUGUGUAGUGCAUUUAGUUUGUCAGUCAGCCUUGUUCCUGUCACCACAACUGAUAUACCAUCUGAGUACAGAUAAUCAUGAUUUUUUUAUGGUGUGGGUUGUUAUAAGUUUACAGUAUCUUAUAGUACAUAGUCACGUGCAAUGAGUCACUUCCUACGUCAUUUUGUGGUUGUUCAAUCACGUCUUGAGCUGUUUGCAGCAAGAAAUCUCCUGUUCUUGUGGGAGGUUUGUUUGGAAUAUCUAAGGUGUAAUAAUAGAGCGCUGGAUUCCUAUUUUGUAAGAUAUUUAACUGUCCUCCCAGUAAUUUCUUUUUUUUCUUUUUACUUCUAUUUUUCCUGUCAGAGAGGGAAUUAAGCCCAGUCCUAGUUUCAGCAAGCCAUGUCUUCCCAAAAAACGUAAGAGGCAAAUUAAAAAGUUGCAUUUUGGGAGCAUUAGUUGUGACAUUUUUGAUGGGGAGAUGGCUGCUCUCUUCCUCAUCUGCGGCCACAAUUAUUAAAUGUUUCGCAUAAAGCUCCAUAAAUUUCUCCUUUUUCUGUCAGAAAGGUGUCAAUUUUCUUUUUCUUAUUUUGUAGCACUCUUUCUGCGUGUAGUGCUUGGUUAACGUAUUGUUACAGGCUGCCAGUCGGUUUGUCAACACAAUGUUUUUCAAUCCAUUGUUUUAUAGGAUUAUUUGAAUUCACGUGAAGAGCAUUUUUUUAAUUGCCCUUGAUACACACUCCCUGGAGUGUGAUCUUCAGGAAUGCCACUAUUUGCUUUAAAACAUGCAUUUAUUCCAAUUAUAUAUUCUUCAAAUGGUUCAUUGUUGUUUUAUUUUGCUCUUCCAAUGGCAGAAAAAAAAAUUGCUUUUUUUUUUAAAUCUAGUAGAAGUGUGCGAUAUUAACCCUUGAACUCCCUGCUUCUGUGAGAAAGUACUUUGCUGUCAUCCAAAUUUGUUGUACUUCUACACCAUUUAAGUGGGAAGAUUUUCUCAAGUCUUCCGUUCCCUGGACGAAUUAUGUUACAUCAACUUUAUGAGAUGUGAUACCUUUUAUGGCUGUUUUCACAUCAUCUUGAGUCCUGCCUUUUUUGUUGUUGUUGUUGUUUUUGUUUUUUUUUUGUGUGUGUGUUUCUCUUAUUUUAUCCUGCAGGUUAACUAUAUAUAUAUUUUUUGUGUUAUAUAUUUUGAGCUGGCCAGCAAAGUCAUAUUGUGUUAUCCACAAAUUUAGAUGUGUUUUAGUAGGACAUUUGCUUUCUACAAACUUCUAGUCCUUACACAUCAUUAUUAUUAUUUUUUUCCGAGAUGUUGUGUUUCAACUAUUUUGAUAUUUAUCAACUAUUUUGCUAUUUGUUUUUUCCCUGUUGGAGUCAGUGCUUCACCUUGGGUGACUAUACUGACUUCCGCCUGAACAGGGUGACAAUUACGUUCCGUUUGAGGUAAUCCUCAAGCUUCUAGCACAAGUGGCGGCGAAUUCUUACCCCUGCAUCCUCAAACAGUUGUCACUCAAUUUCCCGUUCAAAUGAGGUUGCGAACCUCCACUCACACUUUUACACAUGCACACGUUUCACGGAGCUCACGUACAGGACACACCUUGCCCUUUUCUGAGUUUUAUAGACUAAUUAGUCUACUGGAUAGUGACUAGUAUUCUCGAGGUUUGGUUCUGCCGCAGUCACCCAGACGCGCAUUCACUCAUUCCUCAUGAGUGUGGGAGAUUCCUACUCACCAGAGAUGUCUUCACUUCCUUCGGCUUCUCGUCAACCCUCAGCCUCCAGGCGCAAAGUCGAGGCCCAGUCCCGGAAAGGGUCUCAAGUGCCGUGGCCACGGUCUUUGCCUGGACGUCAACUCGGCCCCUGGAAACCUCAGGGCAGAAAGUAUGGUGCUCGUCAUAUGAAAAUGCGUGCAAAAACGACAGGAAAGUCCCAGGAAGAAGUUCAUGGACCAAAAGAGGAGGAAGACCCACAGCGUCAACUACUGGACACUGUGUUCAAUCUGCAGCCUCAGAUUGUCCUAUGCAGAGCAGACAUCACUGAAGAUCUAAACACCAAGCGGCACGAGCCUGAGCACCUUCACAUUAAAGAGGAAAUGGAGGAUGAAGAGGGGCACCACAUCAAAGAGGAAGAGGAGCCGAUUUCAAUUAAAAAAGAGGAGGAAGAAGCGCGACCCCACAUCAAACAGGAAGAGAAGGAGGAUAUCACCAAGUUUCCAUCAGCUGGUGUCCCUUUGAAGAGUGAAGAUGAAGGUCAAAGUGAGGAGAAACGAGGGACGGAGCCUCAAAGCAGGAGCUCAAGUCAAUGCAUGACAACAGAAGAUGAUGGAGACCACAAUGGAGGGUCACAACCAGGCGAACUCUUAGCGCCCCUAUCAGAUCCUGAUGACAUGACAUCAGACUCUCUUGACACUGAUGAUGAUGAUGACCAACAAUGUGAAGGUGAUGUGACAAGUCACACUGAAAAGAGACAAUGGAAAUGUUCCGAGUGUGGGAAAAUGUUUGCUUAUAAUAGCAAAAUGAAACAACACAUGAAAAAGCACACGAGACAGAAAGAUUUUGAAUGCUCAGUUUGUUCUCAAAGAUUCACUCGGAAGGGAUAUUUAAAAAAGCAAACAAGAGUACACAUUGGUGAGAAAGCUUUUUCCUGCCUAUUUUGUCAUCAAAGAUUUAUUCAAAAGGGACAUUUAAAUGUACACACAAGAACACACACUGGUGAGAAACCUUUUUUCUGCUCAGUUUGUGGUCAAAGAUUCACUUGGAAGGAACAGUUAAAAAUACACACAAGAACACACACUGGUGAGAAACCUUUUUCCUGCUCAGUUUGUGGUCAAAGAUUCUCUGUGAAAGGAAACUUAAAAAUACACACAAGAACACACACUGGUGAGAAACCCUUUUCCUGCUCUGUUUGUGGUCAAACAUUCUCUUUGAAGGGAAACUUAAAAAUACACACAAGAACACACACUGGUGAGAAACCCUUUUCCUGUUUAGUUUGUGGUCAAAGUUUCUCUAGGAAGGACAGCUUAAAAAUACACGCAAAAACACAUAUUGGUGACAAACCUUUUCCCUGCUCAGUUUGUGGUCAAACAUUCUCUAGGAAGGACAGCUUAAAAAUACACACAAAAACACACAUUGGUGACAAACCUUUUCCCUGCUCAGUUUGUGGUCAAAGAUUCUCUGUGAAAGGAAACCUAAAAAUACACACAAGAACACACACCGGUGAGAAACCUUUUCCCUGCUCAGUUUGUGGGCAAAGAUUCUCUGUGAAAGGAAACCUAAAAAUACACACAAGAACACACACUGGUGAGAAACCUUUUUCCUGUUUAGUUUGUGGUCAAAGUUUCUCUAGGAAGGACAACUUAAAAAUACACACAAAAACACACAUUGGUGACAAACCUUUUCCCUGCUCAGUUUGUGGUCAAAGAUUCUCCCAGAAAAGAAGCUUAAAAAGACACACAAAAACACACACUAGUGAGAAACAUUUUCCCUGCUCUAUUUGUGGUCAAAGAUUCUCUUAUAAAAGUCAGGCUCAGAGACACAAGUGUGCUGGUGAGAAAAGGAGUGACCAAGAAGGUUUUAAUGCAUAUGUGAAGAUUUAACAAAGUAAUUACUAUGUCACUAACUUGGAAAAAUCAACAUUAUUCUGUGUAUAAGCUUGCUUUGUAUCUUUUUUUUUUUUUUUAUUUUCCUCCAUAGUUUUAAUUUUGAAGGUGAGGGGAUUACACUUGAUAGCUACAAAAUAUAAAAUGACCAACUAAAAACACUUUAUAGGAUAGUACCUACAUUUUUCUAUGCGAGCACUUUUUAAUUUUCACUUUCGGUGAUGAAAAAGUGGCAUUUGAAAUGGAAUGAAACUGGAAUUGUUUCCCGAUUAGUCCGUGUACUGAUAUAUUGACCCGAACCCUUAUCAAUUUAAAUAAACCUUUGACUAAAAUUGUAGUGUAUUUGUGAUCCUGAAUGAAAUACACCUCUUAAAACGAUAAGGUUGACAAGAUUUAUUUGUGUAUCAAAUCUCUAUCCUCCAUUAAAAAUAAUUGAAAUGUCAUAUCAUUUGGAAAACCUCCAAAAAGAAAUACAAAACAUGGCUCAACCGACAAGGCCGACGUGGAAAACCUGCAAAGCUGUGGCACUUUGGAG